AUGUGUCCGGCGGCGUCAGCCAACACUUACGAUGUCUGGUCUACAGUGGAACCGACUAUCGAUGUCGAUGUCCUAAUGCCAAACGGAACUCUCAUUACGAUUAAUGUCGACAAAGAGAUCACUUUUUCUGAGAUUAAAGAGAUAUUGUUUGAAGAUGAGUGUCAAAGUCAACCACUUUAUGGUGCACUUCAUGACAAACAAAAGUAUAUAUUCACUUAUGUCAAUACGGGUAACCAACAGGAAUUGGUCGACGACGACGUACGACUGUGCGAUGUCUGUCCCUUUCUGGCACUGUUAACACUUGUCGAGAGGAAGGGCGAUAAGGCGGCCCUUCAGUUGGAUACACAAAUCGGAAUACUUAUAGGAAAAAAUCUCAAAGAGUUUGAUUCGCUAAAGAAUCCCGAAGUAAAUGAUUUUCGAUUCAAAAUGAGAGCCUAUGCUGAGGAAGUGUCACAACAAAGAGAAAGUAAGACAUGGAUUGAGAAAAUUCUCUAUCAGUUUCCCAUUAGUAUUGAUUAUAGUCGAGAACUGCCCACAUAUCUCAGGGAUAGACUACAAAAAUGUCCCGAAAUUAACAUUAAGUUGCGAUUCGAGGACUCAUCGUAUUGUCAAGAAUUGGCUGUAAGUUACGAUUCAAAGGCGGAACAAAUACUUCAGUUUGCCAUCGAUAACGACGCAGAAGCCUAUAUCACUGCAAAAGAUUAUUUGCUUAAAAUCAAUGGUAGACUUGAAUAUCUAUUAGGAGACUAUCAACUAAUUCAAUAUAAACCAAUACAAGGAAUGAUAGUUAACAGCGAAACGCCGUAUUUGGUGGCUGUCCUUAAAUCAAGCAUUGAAUUCGAAGAAGAAUCGAUAUAUUCUAUACCAGACUUUAGUCGUUUGCGUUCGCCAUCGGUUGUGUCCAUUACGGGUACAUCAAGACGUCGUAUUCAAUCGACCAGUUCGUGGACUAUUGAAAGAAAACUAGUGAUACACAUCAAUAGUGCCCAACGAAUCAUAAAUCCCGAUAAUACCAAAGUUGUCAUAAUGUGCGGUCUUUUUCACGGCGGCGAACAGCUCUGCGAUACGCAGAUGUCUUCGCCAGUGAUGCCCAACGAGUCGGGCGACGGCCAGUGGGAAGAGGAUAUAUUUCUCGACAUAAAGAUUUGUGAUAUUCCGCGAAUGUCUAGAUUGUGUUUCGCUGUAGUGGCCAUCGGUAACAGUUCAAAGAAAGCCAAAUCCAAGCAAACACCGCUGACGUGGGCCAACACAAACAUAUUUGACUUCAAAAACAUACUGAAAGUGGGAUCCAUUACGAUGUCGAUGUGGAACAGUCAUCAGCAAACUGUCGACGAAUCAGAAGUGGAAGUGUUUAACUCAUUGGGAACAGUAGUGCCAAAUCCCAAUGUUGAACAAUCGACAUGUCUGACCAUAACAUUUAAUAAGUACAACAACGGUGACACACAAAUUGUAUUUCCAUCGAUGUAUGAUAUCGUCAAAGAGACACAACUAAGCAAAAGUGAUUCGUUCGACGAAAACCAAACCAGUGAUGAUCUACCAGUCGCUCCAUCAAGGAAUACAAGACACGCCAGCAAACAGUUUGUCGAACAGAUCCGAGAGAUAUGCGACAGAGAUCUCUUGCAUAAGAUUACAGAUCAGGAAAGAGAACUCUUGUGGUUCUUGCGUGAAGACUGUCGAAGUCUUUUACCGCAAUCACUCAACAAACUGUUGAUAUCAUUCAAAUGGAAUAACCAUAAAUUGGUGGCACAAGUCUUAAGUUUUCUUCAGGAAUGGCCAAAACUCGAACCUGAAAAAGCACUCGAACUACUAGACUAUGCCUACGCUGACUGUUGGGUCAGAAAGUUUGCCAUUGAAUGUCUCAAAGGACUGACUGAUGAAGAACUGUCACUUUAUUUGUUACAAUUAGUUCAGGCACUCAAAUACGAGUCCUAUAUGUACUGUGAUUUAGUGCACUUUCUGUUGGAAAGGGCUUUCAAUAACCAGAGAAUCGGACACUCAUUGUUUUGGCUGUUGAGAAGUGAAAUGCACGAACCGGCCGUUUCGGUCAUCUUUGGACUCAUACUCGAAGCCUACUGUAGAGGUGCGAUGGACCACAUGAACCAAUUGAUGCGCCAAAUGGAAGCGCUGAGCAAAUUGAAGAGAGUCAACGAAAUGGUCAGAGACGACAAAAACCGAGACAAUAGGGACAGAAAGAUAGCACUCAUGCAGAACAUUAUGAGCCAAAAGUACUACGAAGAGACACUCUUCCAGAUAAUCAAUCCGUUGAAUCCCAUCUAUAAGUUGGGAUCUCUUCGUACAAAUAAAUGCAAAUUCAUGGACUCUAAGAUGAAGCCUCUGUGGUUGGUCUUCAAGAAUGAAGAUGAAGGCGCCUCUGAUACGUAUAUAAUCUUCAAGAAUGGAGACGACCUGAGACAAGACAUGUUGACACUGCAAAUGAUAAGAAUUAUGGAUAAACUUUGGAAAGACGAAGGACUGGACUUCAGAAUGAAUCCCUACCGAUGCAUAUCGACAAACCAUAACGUGGGGCUCAUUGAAGUGGUACUCAAUGCCGACACCAUUGCUAACAUACAGAAAGAGAAGGCCGUGACAGCCAUCGCAGUCUUCAAGAAAGAUCCACUUCUGUUGUGGCUUAAGGAUCACAAUCCGACUGAAGAGAGUCUUAAUAUGGCUAUUGAAGAGUUCACACUGAGUUGUGCCGGUUAUUGUGUGGCCACUUAUAUCUUAGGUAUAGCUGAUCGACACAACGACAAUAUUAUGGUUACCAGAAAUGGACAGUUGUUUCACAUAGAUUUUGGUCAUAUUUUGGGCAAAUUUAAGGAAAAGUUUGGUAUUAGACGCGAAAGAGUGCCAUUUGUUUUGACCAAUGAUUUUGUUUAUGUCAUAACUCAUGGCCAGAAACCCGAGCGCUCCGAUGACUUCAAUCGGUUUCAACAGUACUGCGAACAGGCGUUUAUGAUAAUCCGUAAGAGAGGUUCGUUUAUCAUCUCACUGUUUGCAAUGAUGUUGUCUACUGGCAUACCGGAGCUGUCGUCGGUCAGCGAUUUAGACUACUUGCGAGAGACUCUGGUGCUCGAUCUGACCGAAGAACAGGCCAGAAAUCACUUUCGGUCAAAGUUUACCGAAGCUCUCAAAAACAGUUGGAAAACAUCUCUCAAUUGGUGGGCGCACUCAAUGGCCAAAGACAACAAAAUGGCCGAUUAAUUGAUCUCAUAGUAUGUGACAAACAUUUAGUGACCAAAAAUAAAA